AUGGAGAAAGAGACGAGAGAGAGACAGGCGGCCAACUUACUUGGUUCCACUCUCCACCAUCUGCGUGAGCAGGGAGAUGCUGUCCAGGUUGAUGAACUCCUGGGCGAAGUGUGUGUGUGUGAAACAGAGAGAGAGAGAGAGAGAGAGAGAGAGAGAGAGAGAGAGAGAGAGAGAGAGAGAGAGAGUGAGUAA